AUCCUGCAACUGCAGCACGUAGUAAAUAACAGGAGCAUUGUCUUACACUCGGCGAGAACAUCUGCAGCAACUUUCUCCACUUUUUCAACCUUUUUUGAUCUUAAGAAAAAAAGAUUUGCAUGAAUUUUAUUUUUUCACUGGACAAUCGAGCUUAACCGGUAAACGAUUAACCAGGAGAGGCUACAAGGGCUCACAGCUUGGAAACAAACUGAAAAUGGAGGAGAUUCAGAUUGAGUCCAAACCUCUGCUUGUGGAGAAGGACCUCCAGGGACUGAGAGAGGCUGUUCAGCAGCUGGAAAUAAAGGAGCAUGAUGUGGAGACCCCUUAUGGCAGGGUCCACUGCACCAUGAAGGGGGUUCCUAAAGGAGACCGACCUGUCAUUCUCACCCUUCAUGACAUUGGACUGAACCACAAGACAUGCUUUGACACCUUGUUCAGCCAUGAGGACAUGCAGGAGAUCAUGCAGCAUUUUGCUGUGUGCCAUGUGGAUGCCCCAGGACAGCAUGAGGGUGCCAACACCUUCUCUACCGGGUAUGAGUAUCCUUCCAUGGAUCAGCUCUCUGAGACCCUUCCUCUGGUCCUGAAACAUUUUGGUCUGAAGAGUGUGAUUGGAAUGGCGGUUGGAGCCGGUGCCUUCAUCCUCGCAAAGUUUGCUCUGGACUACCCUGCUAUGGUGGAGGGUGUCGUUUUGAUCAACAUCAACCCAUGUGCUGAGGGAUGGAUGGACUGGGCAGCUCAUAAGAUCAGUGGUUGGACUCAUGCCAUGCCAGACAUGCUGAUCAGUCAUCUCUUUGGAAAGGAGGAAAUCCAGCUCAACCAUGACCUAAUUGGCACUUACCGCCACCACAUCCUCAAUGACAUGAACCAGUUCAACCUGCAGCUCUUUGUCAAGUCAUACAACAGCCGGAGGGACCUGGAGAUUGAAAGGCCUAUUCCUGGUGGAGCUGUCAAUGUUAGAACCAUUAAGUGUCCCUCUCUUCUAGUGGUUGGAGACAGCUCUCCUGCAGUGGAUGCUGUGGUUGAAUGCAACACCAAGUUGGACCCAACCAAGACCACACUGCUCAAGAUGGCUGACUGCGGAGGCUUGCCUCAGGUUGACCAGCCUGGAAAGCUGACAGAAGCCUUUAAGUACUUCAUCCAGGGCAUGGGCUACAUGCCCUCUGCCAGCAUGACCCGCCUGGUCCGCUCCCGCACAGCCUCUGGCUCCAGUGUCGCCUCCUUCGACGGCAACCGCAGCCGGUCACACACCAACGAGGGCAGCCGCAGCCGCUCUCACACCAACGAGGGCCGGGCCCGCGCCCACACGGCCGAUAACCAGCGCGGCCGCUCCCACACCGACACCAUGGACACCUCCGUGGACCAGACCGUGAUGAAGUCCACUGAAGUGUCGUGUUAAAGAGGCUCCUCUGAACCUCCCCUAAACCUCACCACACAACUUCCUUUUCCCCCUGAUCUGUGCGUGCUGCGCUGCCACUAAAACUAACAGCCACGGAGUGCAGGCCACCUGCUAUUGGGCCCACCCUCAAGGCCUCCCCGUCCCCUGUAGCACUGUGAUAGUCACAGAGCGAGUGUGUCUAAGCCAAAGAGUCUGUCUGCCAUCUGCCAUGGCCACUUUUUGAAGGUGUCCACUGGACAAAGCUGUGGGGGAGAUGCGACAUAAAUGAGGGUGGAGGCUGAUCGCUCCCUUAUUCUGCACAACCUGCCAUUGUUUGAUGGUGGCUUUAUUGUUAUUAGGGGCAACGCAGCACAGAGACACUGUGAUGGAGAGUCGGAGAGUGCUUUGCUCUUAAGGGAGCAUAAACGUUUGUAAAUCUGUGUUCAUCUCCUUUCAUCAAUUUUACUUUCUUUGCAUUUACUUGACUGUAGUGUCACUUACCACCGAAUGACUGUAAAUGGCUGACUUUUAUAACAGUACUAUAAUACUUGCUUACUAGUUUUAAUACAUGAUUCAUUUUCUGUUAUGUUAUGUUGGACAGACUGCAAUGAGUGAUGGCAGGCUAGGUUGGUUACUGGGAAGCAUUUUUUUUUUCAAUGCUACCUACCUUUUAAAAAAAAAUAAGGGACACGCACAGACUAUUUUCCUUUUCAUUUAUCUCUGUGGGAUUUACCCUCCGUUUUGGGGUUAUAUUUGUAACCCAGUGAUUGUUGUUCUUUAACAUGAUCUGUUUUUUUAUUUUAUUUUAUCGAUGAUUAAUGAUCAAAUGAUUGUAAAAAGCACAUUCAGAACAUUCCUAGAAAGGUGGCGCCUCUCGUUCUUAAAAAACAAUGAAGCAACAAUAAACACACUGUAGGAUACACAACUGUAGGGUUUGUAUCUGUAUGCUGAAUUAUCCGGAGAACUAAUUUAUGCACCAUUGACGUUUUGGACCUUAAUGAUCAUUUCUAUGCAAUUAAGCACAACAGAACAAAAUGUGCCAUGGAAUCCACUGCUUGGACUUAAUGUUUCUUCUUUUCUUUUCUGUGGUGGUUUUGAAAGAGCAAAGGGAGAAAUUGUAACGCAGCUACUCCUGUACUACUUGCACUACAGCACAGACUUGCAGGCUUUUAGAAUACCUAGCUUUGUAAAGAUGCACAACAGCCCAAAUGCAGAUCACACUAUACAUUUUUAAUGGGAUAACAGUUUGUAUUUAUUUAAAAAAGAAAAUAAAAAACAUGUAACUCUGC